AUGAUCGUUUUGGAGAUGGGCGAUGACGUGAUAGUCGGCCGCAUCGUUUCCGGUCAAUUUCAGGGCCGUAAAUGUGUCAUUAUCAGAAAACAAUUCGUUUUAGAGGAAAAAGAAACGCCAUUGCUACCGGGCGGCGGCACAUUUUAUAGAAAACAAUUUCCGAUUAAGUUGACGGACGCAAUUACUAUCAACAAAGCGCAAGGACAGACUCUUUCGCGAGUCGGUUUGUGUCUCAACGUCCCGUGUUUUGCUCACGGUCAAUUGUACGUCGCUUUGUCCAGAGUGCGUACUUGGCAGGAUAUUCGCAUUUUUGUAAAGGAAAGUCGUAGACAGGGUCGUUUCUUUAAAGACGGUCGCAAAAAUAAUCCAGUUUUCACGCAGAAUAUCGUUUAUAGGGCGUUUUUAGAUAAAAUCUUCAAUUGA